UUGGGGAAGAUGGCCUAAAUCAAAAUGAAAAACAUAACCAACAAUUCCGUACACUUGCCAUAUGAUAUGUAUGGUGAGAAGUCGUACCAGUCUACCAUCAUCAAUAAGAGCUGAGACAGUGGGCUGACAGUGCAGAGUGCGGAGUGGUGGAGCUGAUAAAAGGGAAGGCGGAGAAGUGGAGGAGGCCUCACCCGAAGAAUGAGACCAAACCCUAGAAGAGCAGUAAAAGAAGAAGACAACACAACAUAUUAUGGGUAAUUGUGGUACUAGAGAGGAAUCCGCUGUCGUCUCCACUGCUCACCGCCAUGCGGGUACAGUUCAGCAGCCGCUUCAGGGGUUAUCAGCUUCCAGCAGGAAUGUUGGUGCUGAGAAGAAGCACAUCCAAAGCCGUUCUACAUCGGAUCUGAGUGACCCUUUGACUCCGCGCACCUUGGAUGAUUUUAGGAAGAAUGCCGUGCUAUAUACCCAUGUCAUUGCCUUCACCCUAUUUGAGUUAGAGACCAGUACCAAGAGUUUCCGUUCGGACUACAUUCUCGGUGAGGGUGGGUUUGGAACAGUCUAUAAAGGAUAUAUUGACGAGAAUGUCCGGGUGGGACUCAAGUCCCUCCCUGUAGCUGUCAAAGUCCUCAACAAGGAGGGCCUUCAAGGUCACCGGGAAUGGCUCACUGAGGUGAACUUUCUAGGACAACUUAGACAUCCUAAUUUAGUCAAGCUGAUUGGAUAUUGCUGUGACGACGAUCACCGAUUGCUGGUUUAUGAGUUCAUGUUCAGAGGAAGCCUUGAGAACCAUCUGUUCCGAAAGGUAACUGUUCCGCUAUCUUGGUCAACAAGAAUGAUGAUUGCUCUUGGAGCUGCAAAGGGGCUGGCAUUUCUUCAUAAUGCAGAAAGGCCUGUUAUAUAUCGUGAUUUCAAGACAUCAAAUAUUUUAUUGGAUUCUGAUUACACUGCCAAACUUUCUGAUUUUGGUCUUGCAAAAGCUGGGCCACAAGGUGACGAGACUCAUGUAUCAACUAGAGUAAUGGGUACAUAUGGAUAUGCAGCUCCUGAAUAUGUGAUGACGGGACAUCUUACUGCAAGGAGCGAUGUUUACAGUUUUGGGGUGGUUCUUCUAGAGUUAUUGACAGGCAGGAAAUCGGUGGACAAGACCAGACCAAGCAGGGAGCAAAACCUGGUGGACUGGGCUCGACCAAAGCUAAACGACAAGAGAAAAAUGCUGCAAAUAAUAGACCCAAUAUUAGAGAACCAAUACUCUGUGCGGGCAGCACAGAAAGCCUGCAGCUUGGCAUACUACUGCUUGAGCCAAAAUCCCAAAGCCAGGCCCUUAAUGAGUGACGUGGUUGAAACUCUGGAGCCCCUGCAAUGCACCACUGGUAGUGCAAAUGAAGCCUCACCAUUGGCAUUGUCAUCUACUGGCGUUGCAUUCUCGGUAGGGAGGAGGGUGCCCGAGUUUCAAUUGCAUCACAGGUUUGCUGGUAAUCUUGGCACUUCUGCCGUCUGCCGCUCCCCCAACCCAAGCUGUUCCCCGGGUGGCCUUGCACCACCACCAUGUAGGGUAAGAUGAUUCGGGCAUGUCUUUUUCAGUUUCUUGCUGCACCCAUCCAUUUAACUCCUAUUUGGGUGCAUUUAUGUCUUCUGUGCCAGGUGUAAAUUGUGCUGGUAAUGUAAGUCUUUCAUUAGCAUCUGUGCUUGUGUGUCUUUAGUAGAUUAAUGUCGUGCUAUGUGAAAAAAAAAAAGAAGCUAUGCCAGCAGUUUUAGGCUUGAUGCUGGUAAAAACUGCCAUUGGGUUUUUAUCCUGUCUAUUUUAAAUGUUACAAUGUAAUGAAUGGUCACUCUUACCCCUUUGAUCCUCUCUAUCCUGCAAGUUUUUAGUGUAGGA